UUGUUUACACCAAUGUGCACAAAAACAAACAUUCUGUGGUUAUAUUCACGAUACUCUCUGCAAGAGAUUCUUCGACUCUUUCCUGUUGAAAGCAACCCCCUCCUGUCCUGUGAGGAUGUCCUGUCCUGAUGAUAGUGCGAGAGAGAGAGAACUUAUUUGACGACACCAACCAACGUAUGGCUAAAAUCUGCACAAGCCUGCAGUCAAGCAAAGCCUCCGGUGCUUUUUCUAUCUGAACCACAAGAGCAUCAUCUGCUUAACACGUGCUGCAUAGCAAGAUCAUGACAGGCGAUUUUCACAAUUCCUCAUACGACUACUACAACAGCACGCCGUGGUUCAUCCACGACUGCUCCUUCAACCUGAGCGAUGACGGUCGACGGAUCGCUCUCUUCCUCCUCUACCUCGUGCUGUUCAUGGUGGGGUUAGCUGAGAACAGCCUGGUGUUAUGGGUGAACUGGCGACGGAGACACUCCGCCAAUGGCGUGCUGUUUUGUAUCCUCAACGUGAGCCUGUCUGACCUGACGGUGGUCUUCACCAUACCCUUCUUCAUGAUGGAAGAGACCAUGAACAAAGUCUGGCUGUGGGGUCAUUUCCUUUGCAAGGUCACCAAUCUCAUCUACGUCAUCAACUUCUACAGCAGCUCCUUCUUCCUGGCCUUCAUGACCCUGGAGCGUUACCUGUCCCUGACCCGGCCCAACGGGCCCGCCUGCUUCCCGCUGAACCGCAAGCGUCGCUGGCUGCUUUGUAUCGGCAUCUGGCUGUUGUCCCUCAUGCUGGCCCUGCUGGAGAACGUUCACAUCGAUCUGCUCGAUUGGGAGGAGCCAGGCUGCUAUUUGGUCCCGGAGCACAACUUCACGGAAUGGUUCAUGUCCCUUACUGUCCUGGGCUUGAUCUUCCAGUUUCUGGGCCCUGCGUCCGUCAUCAUCACCUGCAAUGUUCUGAUCGCCCGAGCCGUCCGCGCCACACCGGACGUCCAGAACCGACGGGACAUUUGGUUGGUGCACGUGUACUCCCUGGUGUUCGUGGCCUGCUGGCUUCCGUACCAGUUGAUAUGGUUCCUGUUGAUGGUGGACGAUCUGUAUCCCCACCUGUUCUCCUGCAACGCGGUUGGCACGCUUUACUUUUCUUUCAGCAUAGUGCAAUGCUUUUCGCUCUUCCAUUGCAUCGCCAACCCCAUCCUCUACAACUUCCUCAGCAAGAGCUUCCAGAAUAACCUGAUCAACGCCGUGCUCAGUCGGAUCUCGCCGCCGCCUGCCAGCGAGCCGGCCGACAACACGGGAACGACCGCUGUUAAAGAGCGAAAGCUCAGUAACACCAGCACCAGCCACUCGGACAUUGGAUCUUAAGAAGGAAAUCAAGGUUGUUCAUGAAUGAUGCGAUCAAGGAAAAAUGGCCUUGUUAAGACAACAAGAGUGUUUUUGGCCAGACGCCUGGUCAUAAUGUCUCCUGUUUCGCUCUCCUCUGUAUUGUUAAGAGUACAAGGAAGGAAAUCGUGUCAAACUUUCAUAAGCCCCAUUUGCGGUUCCUACAGUCACUUCUAGAAAAUCAUAGACCUCGGUAAUAAAAGCUCUACCCACACGCCAGUGUUUGUACAAAGACUGUUUUGUUUUAAAAAAAAAAACUUUCACUUGCUAACAUGAAUGUUCAUAUGCUCAACUGAAACAUCUAACGCUGUUUAAAUGGCUUUGAGCACAGCAGUUUGUUAGUACAUAUUGUUAUGGAUAAAUGAUGUGAUAUAAAAAUGUAAUAAAAAAAAUGUAAACGUCUUUUUAAACGUGCGUCUAUGAAGGUAUGGGUAAGAUUUAGCUUUUCUCAAAAUUCA